AUGACAGAAAAAGCCAAGGCUUUACUUGUGGGUUCGGGAGGUGUUGGGACUUUUGCCUCCUACGCGUUAAAAUACACUGGGAAAGCGGAAGUGACAUCAGUGCUUCGUUCAGAUUAUAAAAUGGUGGUCAAAAAUGGCUUUCAUAUCAAUUGAUGCGACUAUGGAACCAUCGACAAAUUCAGUCCUUCUCACGUUGUAGGUAAUGUCGAAUCUGCUGUAGUGUAUGUUUUUUCGAUUUCGGGCUUGUAGUAACUAAAUGUCUACCAGAACUUGCGAACCUGAUCGACAUCAUCGCGCCUGCUGCUUCGAGUGGGACGGUCAUAAUUCUCAUCCAGAAUGGUUUCGGCAUGGAAAAAGGUGCGCUGGCCAAAUGUCCAAGAAAUGCUAUUUUGAGUGGUGUGAGCCUGAUCGGCUCAACUAAAACCGACCAGAAAAUAAACACGAAGUCCUAGAUGUCCUAUCUGUGGCCUAUUUCGAAAGCCCCAAUUUCCAGAGCGAUAUUUUAGAGACGACCAGCAAGAAAUUUGUUGGUAUUUACUCGAAUGACAAGAAUGACGACAGAUACGACCGCGAUGUCAAAUCCUCCAGAUGGCGCAAACUAGUAUACAACGCAACGCUGAACUCUGUUUGCGCGUUAGCGGAAGUAGAUGUUGGUCGCUUGGAACUAUUCGUAGGAACGAACACAAUAGUCCGCUCAGCGAUGAGAGAGAUUCUUGCUAUUGCUAAGUCCGAUGGUGCCGAUCUACCAGAAGACAUAAUAGAGUUCAUGAUCAGAUCAGAUGAAACAAUAUAUUACAGUCCAUGUAUGUUAGUCAAUAAAAGAAAAGGCAACUUAAUGGAAAUUGAGGUUAUUUGUGGUAAUGCUGUAAGAGUGGCUAAGGAAAACAACGUUUCUGCGCCGACUCUUUCCUCAAUUUAUGAGCUACUGAAGAUUGUUCAAUGCAAACCGAAAGAGGAAAAGGGUAUGUUGUGUGUUCCUAAAGAAAUACCAGUUCCUAAAGAAAGACUAGUUCCUUAA